AUGUUUUAUAUUGAGGCGGUUGUGUUCGGAGUUCUGGUGAGUGGGACGCUGGCCAGUAACGAACUCACGUUUCCGCCUGGAUUCAAAUUUGGUGUAGCAACCGCUGCAUAUCAAAUUGAAGGGGGAUGGAACAUCAGUGAUAAAAGUGUCAGCAUAUGGGACACGUAUACACAUGAACACAAAGCCGGGAUAGCAGACCGCUCCUCAGGUGAUGUAGCCUGUGACUCGUACCAUCUUUGGAGGCGAGAUAUUGAGAUGCUGACUGAACUUGGAGUUGAUUUCUACAGGUUCUCCAUAUCGUGGCCACGUCUAUUGCCGACUGGCUAUCCAAACCAAAUCAGCGAGAAUGGAAAGAAAUAUUACGACGAUCUGAUUAAUGGGCUGCUAGAGAAAGGAAUUGAACCUGUAGUUACAUUGUACCACUGGGAUAUACCUCAAACUCUUCAACAUCUAGGGGGCUGGACCAACCCUUACAUAGCAGAUUGGUUUGAAGAUUACGCACGGGUUGUAUUCUCCCUAUACGCUGAUAGAGUUAAGAUUUGGGCCACAAUCAAUGAACCUGUGGCUAUAUGUGAUGGGGCAUACAGUACUGGUAUAUUAGCCCCGGCCACUAUAGUAUCAGAUAAUAUAGGAACAUAUAUAUGUAAUAAAAACGUUCUGCUAGCCCACGCUAAAGCCUACAGGCUGUAUGAUAAAGAAUACAGACCAAAAUACAACGGAAUAAUAUCAAUUGUCAACAACGCUAUGUGGAUGGAACCACUUGACAAAGAGAACACGGAUCUAGCUGAGUUGGCAAUACAAAAUUUCCUAGGUCGAUAUUCUUACGCCAUAUACUCAAAAGAAGGUGGUUGGCCCCCGGAAUUGGAAAGAAUAGUUGCUGAAAGCAGCAAACGUCAAGGAUAUCACUCUUCAAGACUGCCUGCCUUUACCAAAGAGGAAAUCGAAUUAGUGAAAGGUACGUUUGACUAUUACGGUUUGAACCACUACACCAGCAGGCUGGUCCGGAGGAUCAGGCCUGAUGAACACCCGCACUCCAAUUUAUUUACAGCUGAACCUGAAUUUAGCUACCUUUGUGAAAUGGACCCUAAUUGGACCGUCGGUGCCAACGGCUGGCUUGCUUCAUAUCCCGAAGGAUUUCGUCACUUAUUAUCCUGGAUUAAGAAACAAUAUGGGGAUAUAAAAAUAUUUAUCACCGAGAACGGAUAUCCGACAAAGUCAACAAGUUAUUUGGACGAUGAUGAUAGAAUACAGUAUCACAAAGAUUAUCUCGAACAGGUGCUGCUAUCCAUUCGUGAAGACGGUGUGAAUGUCAUGGGAUACACCGUCUGGAGUUUAGUAGAUAACUUCGAAUGGAUGGAUGGAUAUAAUGUCAAAUUUGGACUAUACGAGGUGAAUUUCACGGACCCCCACCGUACCAGAACGGCUAGGAAAUCAGCAAAAUACUACGCAGAGUUCAUUAGAACCCAAAAACUAAACGAAGCAAACAAUAAAUCUAGUAAAUUUUACACACUGUGUUCAUAUUUAAUCCUUACAAUACUAACUCUUGCUGUGAUAGCUGCAAUUUCUGUGUGUUGGAAAUCAAAAGCUGAAGUUAAAGCAAGAAAAAUGAAAGAAUUAGAAGCGCAUUCUUUAUACCUUAUGGAAGAAGUGCCGAUCAGAAAAUCAUUUUAA